CGCUGACCUCGCUACCAAGCCUUUUGGGAUGCAUGACAAGGGGAUGCAUGCCGCUGCCAUCGAUGUGUGGGGAGGAUGAUACGCGAAUGCCGCCUUUGCAGCCGUCUGGUGGCCUGAAGGCUCACUAUCACAUACCGAGGCGAUGGUGGGUGGAAUCUCGCAAUUCAUCUUCCGACCACCAAUCCUCGCCCAUUCGAACAUGCCGGCAUGAGCACUGGACGAGCACAGGACCCCGUGCAAGCGAGACACGACAGGGUGAUGUGAUUCUGUUAUCAGCCGUGGGCGGAGCUCGCCAACUCACCAGCCGCCGGCAUCGGCGCCCUUGCAGGGAAAGUGCAAGGGACCUUUCAGUCAGAGGGUGGCCUGCGUCUCAUCGCAGCAGCUCAAGUGAGCAAAUCGCGGAGCUGGCCACAGAUGCCAUUCGAGCCGGCUUGCACGACUCGUCGAGGCACAGCCCACGAUGGCCCGGCACCUCAGGGCGUGGGACUGCACGACAUUAGAGUGUGCCGUCUGCGGCUCAUCUGCCGAGCCACUGCCGCGAUCUCCAGCCCACUCAUGUCCACCAUCCUAGUAUUGGAGUGCGCACCCCGCCUUGGGCCCGUCGCCAUGCCCCUCCGUUCUUAGGCCGAUCCGCGCCGCCAAUUUUCUCGACUGUUCCUGAGCUCGGCCGUCCAUUGUGCUCCCCACGAGACCAUUGCAAUCGGGCCGUGUCGUCUCCUCUUUGGCCU